UUAUGACCCGCGCUCAAGCUCCUAUUCCUGGCUUUCGCAGCGUUGUGGUCGGUGGUCGGCGGAGCUCCUGCGCCAGUUCCGGGAGCCUUUUCACUGGUGUUGCUGCUCUUGUUGCUGCCGCUGCCGCCGCCGCCGCCGCCGCCUCCUGCUCUGCGGAAUCAUGGUGUGCUUCCGCCUCACCCCGGUUCCGGGCUCGGGGCUCGUUCUGCUCUUCCUCGUCCUGGGAGCUGUCUCAUCUUAUGCACUGGAACUUAAUUUGACAGAUUCAGAAAAAGCCAUUUGCCUUUAUGCAAAAUGGCAGAUGAAUUUCACAAUACGCUAUAAGACUACAAAUGAAACUUACAAAACUGUAACCAUUUCAGACCUUGGCACUCCAACAUACAAUGGAAGUGUUUGUGGGGAUAACCAGCAUGGUUCCAGAAUAGCGGUGCAAUUUGGACCUGGUUUUUCCUGGACUGUAAAUUUCACGAAGGAGGUGUCUGCUUAUUCAAUUGACACCAUCUCGUUUUCCUACAAUACUAGUGAUAACGCCACAUUUCCUGAUGCUGAAAAAAAAGAAAUUAAGACUGUUGAUGGCCAUGUGGCAUUGAAAAUUCCAUUGAAUGACAUCUUUAGAUGCAAUAGUUUAUCAACUUUAGAAAAUAAGGAUGUUGUCCAGCACUAUUGGGAUGUUCAUGUACAAGCUUUUGUCCAGAAUGGCACAGUGAGCACAAACGAGUAUCUGUGUGAGAAAGAUAACACUUCAACCACAGCGGCGCCCAUCGUUCCCACCACUGUGCCAUCUUCUACUACAACGCCAUCUUCUACUACAACACCAUCUCCUACUACGACACCAUCUCCUACUACAACGCCAUCUGCUACUGCAACGCCAUCUCCAAAGGGAAAACCAGACGUUGGAUCCUAUUGGGUUAAAAAUGGCAGUGAUACUUGUCUUCUGGCUACCAUGGGGCUGCAGCUGAACAUCACUCACGAUAAGGUUGCUUCGGUUAUUAACAUCAACCCCAAUGCAACUGGUUUCAGUGGCAGCUGCCAUCCUCAAACUGCUCUACUUCGGCUGAACAGCAGCAGCAUUAAGUAUCUUGACUUUGUCUUUGCUGUGAAAAAUGAAAACCGAUUCUAUCUGAAGGAAGUGAACAUCAGCAUGUCUUUGGCUAAUGGCUCUGUUUUCAGCGUUGCAAAUAACAACCUUAGCUACUGGGAUGCCCCCCUGGGAAGUUCUUAUAUGUGCAACAAAGAGCAGACUGUUUCAGUGUCGGGAGCAUUUCAGAUAAAUACUUUUGAUCUGAGAGUUCAGCCUUUCAAUGUGAAGGAAGCAAAGUAUUCUACAGCUCAAGACUGCAGUGCAGAUGACGACAACUUCCUUGUGCCCAUAGCGGUGGGAGCAGCCCUGGCAGGAGUACUUAUUCUAGUGUUGCUGGCUUACUUUAUUGGUCUCAAGCGCCAUCACGCUGGAUAUGAGCAAUUUUAGAACCUGCAAUCUGAUUGAUCAUAUAAAAAUACAUGUACAUAACAAGGUUUUCUUGCCUCUUGGCUUUGAAACACUUCGCUCUUUAAGAUUGAUAUGUUGAAACUUUAAUUCUUAAAUCAGUCCCAGCAUUUUGAGAUAAGUCUUUGCUAAUAAAAGCUUUGAUCAACUGAAAAUAAAAAAAAUCUUGUAUUUACUGGUCCUGAAGGCAAACUUGUUAGAAAGAACAUCGGUGCGCAAUGUUUUAAGGUCUAUCUUAAGAAGCUUUGGCCAAAUUUUGAUCCUAACCUCAGAUGCCUUAAACUUAUUAAUGUGGCCAUUAUGAGAAUAAAAUAUGUAGCUGUUUCUUAAUGGAAUUAAUAAAUAUUGUUUCACUACCGGUGUUCUGUUUCAAUGUAUAAGAACUGUCCUGAUUUAAACUCAUCCCUGUGCCUUUGCAUAUAGUUCAUUAAAUAAAUCUUGAUGUGGCAUAAAUGCCCAUCAGAUACACUCAGACUUGGUUUUCAGUUGAAUGUGCUCAGGACCAUCAGCAUUUUUUAGGUUAUGUGACUUUUGCUGAUACCUUUGAGUUCAAGCUAAGGAUGAAGUCAGUAUCUCAGGCUUGUGAUUUUUUCCUAGGUUAAAAAGCAGACCCAAGAGGACACAACAGAACUUAAACUGGCUUCAGAAUUAGAGUUUAAAAAAAAAUAUUUCUUUUUCAGCAAUAUAGACUGAAGAGAUUCAAGCAUAUUUAACCACUUGCCUUUUUUUUUCCUUGUGUUUUUCUCUUCUUUAGAUGCCUGAUUAGCACUGAAAGAUAGAAACAGUCUAUGAACUAAUUAGGACAGAUUGUGUUGUGUUUCUCUACCUCAUCUUGUUGAUCUCUAGAGCAUUAAAAUGUAUUUACUGUUGUCAUCAGACAGGUACUUAUGAAAUGUAAGCUAACAGCAAUCUCAGAAGGGAGGCAGUGAAGCAUAGCAACUAGCCUCUUGCUUCUUCAAAACGGCCCCUGUGGGGCAGAGCAUAGAUAGGGGUGUAGAGAGAAGCUGUUGGCAUUAAAAUGAACUAGAUCAGCCCCUGUUGAAGCAUACUCCAUGUUAUAAGUGCGGCACACAUAUAUUGAAUGUAUAACAGACAUAUAAGAAGGAAGCUUAAUAGACUUGAGAAGACGGUCACACUGAAGUGAUUAUUUUGUUAAUUCAUUCUAUGUGUAUACUGUUUUUUUCAGAAUUUCUGUAACUCACUGAUUGCAGGAUCUUAGUACCCAGCCAUCAGUCUCUGAAGGCUUUCAGUAAAAUAUAUAAAUCCUUUCAACAAAGGCUAACGUCAUCACUGAAAUUCGUAUUAUAUACUCGGAACCUUAGCAACUGUUAGCAACUAUAUUUCUAUUUUUAUGAAUGACAGAAGUGCAAGGGGAGGAAAAAAUAAAAUUAGAAGAAAAUGCAAGUUAUUAUUCAAUCAUAAAUUAUACCAAAUAGCACAUUUUGUUAAUUGCAUUAGACUUAUACUGGAAAGGACCCUAAAGAUUAUUUACUCUAACCCCAUAAUUUUACAGAAAGGGGAGUGACUUCACUGAGGUUAUGUAUCUAGUAGGCAACAAAACCAUUAUUAGCAUUUUGAUAAAAAUUGUCCCAAUGAAAUCUAGUUACUCACUGGUAAAACUAGUUUAACUUGAAAUUAUGAGUCAGAAUUGCACACUUUGAGCUUCUGUACUAACUACUUUCAAUAAAUAACACAUGAUACCAACUUCGUGUGCCUAAGUAUUCUUUAAAGUACUGAAUAUUGACUUUUGCAAUAAUACUACACUGAGACACUCCUAUUUUGAUCUCUUUGCUACUCCAAAACCUAAACCUCCUAGGAUGGGAUCACAAACAUGGGAGGAAAACAGAAGGGAAUGAACACUUGUUGACUACCUGAUGUGCAUCAAAUGCUUUAGAAAUAUAAUUGUAUUUAAUCCUCAAAUACCUUAUAAUAUAGGUAUUAUUAUCCCCCUUUUAACAGAUGAGGAAAGUGAAGCCUAGUUUAAAUAACUUGACCAAGGUCCUUUAGCCAAUAAUUGAAGGAGUCAAGAUUCAAACUCUGUUCUGUCUGAAUCCAUAGCUCAGAGUCUGCACUGCACACACUGCCCUCCUGGUGGUCCAGUGGAAUGGACUGCGAUGUAUUGGAUUCUGCUAUUGUUAUUCCAGGCCACUGCUCAGCUACAAAUGAUUAUAUAUGACCUGGUAGCUACCUAAUGCCUGAGUGAAAAAAAUUAUACUACAUUUUCUGGAUCCUAAGUCCUUUUUAACUUAAAUUUUAUUACUCAUACAGAAUUCUUAUUUAUAUUUUAAUGAUAGUUGUGGCAAGGGAGAGAGGGAGUGGGGAAGUAUGCAGGCAGUGGUUGUAAGUGUAGAUGAUAGAUAGCUCUUUUCCACGGUGCCAUUAGACAAGCACAGUUCUGUGUUUUGGACCCUUUCCUGUUCUUCCCUUAACUUCUGUUUUUUGUACUGAGGAAUUAGGUGUGAUUUGAGAUGAAGUGAUAUUGAGAGAUAUAGGAGAAUCAGUUGCUUAGAAAUAUUUGGGUGGAUAUAGAGAAAAUAAGAAAAUCGGGGUAAUGCUACAAAAGACUAAUCUAUGUACACUUUCAAAAUGCUUGUUUCUUGUUUGCUUGUUUCUGCUUAAUUGCAUCCCUUACUAAUUUCCUUUCUUUGCUUUUUGUCUGUUCUUUUCUAACAGCUGAAGAAUGUUCUGCUGACUCUGACCUCAACUUUCUUAUUCCCGUUGCAGUGGGUGUGGCCUUGGGCUUCCUUAUAAUUGUUGUCUUUAUCUCUUAUAUGAUUGGAAGAAGGAAAAGUCGUACUGGUUAUCAGUCUGUGUAAUCAAUUAAAUCUAGUGCUUUUUGUUUUUUGCCAUCAGAAGUUAUGUUUCCAUUGGUUAAAAGCCAGGAAAUGCUGUGCAAUUGAUUGUUUAAGAUAUGCAGACUAACCUCAGUGAGUUGCUAGCCAACUUGGGCAUGAGUAGCAAUUAUUUAAGAAAAAAUAUAUUAGGACCAAUUUUUUUUUCGAUUUUUUUCUUCCUUUCUUAAAAUGUAAUUGAAAGAAAAACUGUGGUGUAGAACUUUUUUUUUUUUAGUAAAUAAUGAUUUUAAGCCUCUGGAUUCAAUUAGGAAGAAUUUCUGCUGAAGUAUAAUUUUAUAUGUUGCAGUUACUUGUAUUUUGCUACUUUGACAUUAUUUGUAAAAUCAAAGCUGUUAGAGAAUUUAACUUGCUUCAGGAAAUAAAUUCAAGAACAUAAUGAACUCAUUUUCAUUGGUGGCAAACAUAAAAUUUGGUUUGUAAUAAGACUUCCUCUCCCUACCUCCUAAUCAGGAUUAUUUAAAUCUAUGUAGUGUUUUUCUGUUAGUUAAAAAAAAAAAAGAAAGAAAUGGCUUCACGAUAUUGUGUUUAAUAGCAAAAGUCUGGCUGUUUUCUUCAUUACAACUGUAUUUUAACAAGGAUGUCUCUUUUUUGCCUUCUGGAGUUUGAAUAUAUUAUCUCAGACUUGACAUUUCUGCUGAAGGAUGAAGUAAGAUCUUCAGCUUUUUUUUAAGGUGUUGAUAUAGAGUGGGUUAUGGUUUUUUUUGGGUUAUGAUUUUGAUUUUUUUUCCCUUGGAACCUUAACUUGUUCAGAAAGUUCAUUCAUCCUCCACUAAAAAAAGAACAAACAACAAAAAAACUUGUAUACUUUGUGUGCCUCUUGCGCUCUCCCAUUCCCUAUAUGAAUAAGUUCUAAUUGAUAUUUUUAAUGUAUUAAUUUCUUUUUUCUUGCAGCAGCAAGUGCUAAUUCUAGAGGCUAGUGGGCCCUGAAGUGUCAUCAGUCAGAUGGCUGCCUAGCCAAAGCUCUACCGGGAUUAUUCUGUAAAUUUGUUGAUCUUGAUAUAGACUUAUAUCCCUGUAGGGAUGUCUAAUGGCUCUGGCUUCUGGAGUAAGGUCAUACAGACCACUCAUCCCCUUGUCUGCUUGAUUGGCUAGGCUGCUGAAUUGCCCUUUGAUUUGGAAGCACAGUGUCGUAUUUCUCUAGGUCCCAAAUGGCUGCUUUGCACACCUGUUAUUAUCAUAAGGCAGAUGUUUAUCAAACUAUUUUAUCUCUAUAUGACUAAAACGAAAAGUUUCCAAAGAUCUCUGCUUUUACUUCAAAAUGUUCCAUGGAUUAAAAAAUUAAGCCUAAACCUUAAACAAAGUUAGUUUGUUAUUAAAUCUAAGGAUUAAGUCCCAAUCUACCUCUCAGCACAAUGCAGAUGCUCACCCCUGUAUUGCUGCCGUUAACUUAUGCCAGAACUCUUUGCCAAUCAUUGGAAUUAGAAAAAUUUUUUAAGAAGAAAGAAAAUUCAUCAAAAUCUUUCUUUACUAUUCUGUCUAUAUGUUCAUCUUGGAAGCAUAUAUUCCAAACUGGAGUAGAAAGUCAGAUUGCUCAGUUACAUCUUCCUUAGAACUCGCUAGCUCUGACUUGCAGAGUCAAGCUCUCCUCUAUUUGCUAAGUAUAUAAAGAAUGUUUUCUUUUAAAAUAUUCUCCUGUGAAAACAGUUGUUUAUUUGUUAUUUGGUCAAAAUGAUGGCACCAUAAAGAACAGUGGCUUCAUUUCAAUAAAUAUGUUUGAGAUGAAUGUCUAGAAACCAGAUUAUUUAAAUCCGCUUGUGACCUUACUAAGUAUGUGAAUUGGAAAUACAGAUAGAUUCAAAAUUAUGGGUUCAUUUAAAAGUUUUCUACCAUUUGGAUAGGAGACUAAUAUCACUAAUUCUUCAUUAGGUAUCAUGGCUGUAUCUUAAUUAGCAAACGUAUGUUUAAUUCUUCUUUGAGAAUUAAGAUUAAAAUACAAAAUAUUAACAGAGGGUUAAAACAAAAGCUGCUUCAACCCCAAUAAAAUACAGGAAGCCCCAAAUCUAUGACCUGAGUAUUCAAUUAGCUAUGCUCACUGAAUUCAUUUUUAUGUCAGUUCAAUAGUGGAUCAGACAGUAGGACCUUGAACUCAUGAAUAUAAAGAAUUGCUUUUCACUUAAGCCUUUUUGGAAGAACUGAUCCUUGCUGCUACCUAAAGUUUUGGAUAUAUCAAUUUAGUAAACUAAUAAUACCUGCAAAAUAAAGCAUACUGUGGUAUUCCUGUUUGAUCUGAUAUGUGUGGUUUUUAGAU